UCUGUAACAAUGAGCCAUCAAGAUUCUGACGUAACUGCAUUAAUAGAGGCAUCAGGAGAGUCCACUUUUAAAAGUGCAUAUAAAAAAGCACAAGAGAUGGUAGACCAGUUUACUAAUGUCUCACUGGACGUUGCUGUAACUGGAAGAUCAGGAGCAGGAAAGUCGUCUUUCAUUAAUGCACUAAGAGGUUUGCGUGAUGAUGAUGAAGGUGCAGCUGAAACUGGAGUUACUGAAACCACCACUGAACCAACCCCUUACAAACAUCCAACAAAGCCUAAUGUGACUUUCUGGGACCUUCCUGGAGUUGGAACUAGAAACUUUCAGGCUAAGCGAUAUCUUAAACAAGUGAAUUUCAACAGGUUUGAUUUCUUCAUCAUCAUCUCAUCUGAGAGAUUCACAGAGAAUGACGCCCUGCUGGCCAAAGAGAUAAACAAACAGAAAAAGCUGUUUUACUUUGUUAGAUCAAAGAUAGACAAUGACGUCGCACAAGAAGAGAAGAAACGAGGCUUCAACAGAGAAGAAACUCUCACUAAAAUUAAGAACCACUGCCUGGACAAUUUAAAGGACUUUAAAAAUCCUAAAGUUUUUCUCAUCUGCUGCUAUGAUGUUAAUGAAUUUGAUUUUGAGGAGCUUGUGGACACACUGAUGUCAGAGCUUCCAGAGCAUAAACGAUACGCUCUAAUACAGUCAGUACCAGUCACGUCUGUGGCCAUGCUAAAUAAGAAAGUCAGAAUGUUUAAGAUGGCAGCCUGGGCUGCAGCCGCUUGCUCUGGUGCAGUUGCAGCAGCUCCGGUACCUGGUCUAUCAUUAGCAUGUGAUGCUAGCAUUGUGGUGGCUUUCUUUACAAGCUGCUACUUCUCAUUUGGCCUUGAUGAUAAAUCGAUUGAACGACUCUCAGAACGAGUCAACAAGCCACAUCUGAAAUCAUUAAAAAAAUCUCCAUUUGUACAGGCACUGGCGUCAAAAUCAGCCACGAGACUGCAGCUGUCUGCAUUAGCUAGCAGUGAAAUUGUGGAAUCCCUGUUUAGUUUGAUACCUGGUGUAGGAAGUGCUAUAGCAGCAGGAAUAUCUUUUAUCGUUACGUAUAAGCUCCUGAAGAAUGGACUGAACGAGCUUGAACAGGCAGCACUGAUGGUACUGAGAGAGGCCGGGUUAAAAUAAUAAUAUAA